AUGGCUCAAGCCAUUCCUAUACCUCCUACGCACACUUAUUCAGACUACGAAAUGCCGCCGACAUACCGGCGAUCGGCAGAAGUUCUCUUGGUUGAUGUGGUCGAAGGUACUGGUACUGGGCACGAACACCGACGGAGCAGAAAUCCGGACGCAAAACACCACAGCCUACGAAAUCAGCUGAUUCAGACGACGUUUCAUUGCUGGAAGCUUACGAAGGCCGUCCAGAAAACAAAGCAUGGCGCUCCAAGUUGGAAGCGAGCAGAACGGAUUCAAAUGACUCUACCUUCUGACGAACUUGAGGCACAAGCCAAAAGACAGCGGAAAACAAAGUCCCUGACCGAAGCUUACGAAGCUUUGUCAGGGGACCAACGUAAACAGGUCGAGGUCCUUGUCCAAGAGAAGAGGCGAGAUGAACCUGAAGAUUUCGCUAGUUGGGAAAUAGCGGCCAUCCAUCGGGAGACUGUCAACAACCUAAGAACCAGAGUCAGAGAAACUGCUUUCAUUCGUGUUAUCCUGACUAGGGAAGACAAACGACGGGCGGAGAGCAAAGCUGUAGAGAGCAGAGUUACUAAUAUCAGUGCAUCGAGCGACAUCUCCGACCUCGACAACCCAAUUAGGUUGUCUCACCCUCGGAUACAACUUGAAGAGCAACAGGACCUGAGCCCACAAGUGGUAGCUACCAGAAAAGGAGCAAAAACCAGACGAUCCACUGAUGAUGUGGUCGAGAUCUUGUCUGACCCAAGUUCCAACAUUGACACGUCAUUGGGACCAUUCACUCCAUCGAUGGACUACACGCCUUCUCCUAAAAUAUGGGAAGGCCAAGUCCUGGGCUGGGACGUUCCUUCUCAGGAUCAAACUCAGCGACACACAUUAGACUACCAACAAGUCCCAUGGCGAAUGCAGCAGGCCAUACAACCUCAGCAAGUUGAACAAUCCCGUCAAGUUAAAGAUACUCUGACAUACAUGUCUGAUGUGAGUAAUAACGCCUUCGCGCAGACGAAAGGCAUUUAUACUGGAAGUACACAAAGACCGCCUAUACUGCCGGAACCGUUGUUUCAAGAGCGUCCCCCCCCAGGAUUGUGUAUUCCCAAACAACGAUUCAUCAACUCGUCUGUUCGGCAGUAUCCUACCAAGGCUACGAGACACGAGCCAUCUACUUGCCAGGAGCCACGGGAUUACUUUGGAAAUCAUGUCCCAAAGCCAUACGAAAAGCAGUCUUUCUUCGAAACGCAGUCUCGAAGAAUGAACGAAGCAUCUACGUCAGACUAUCACUGCGUCAAGAACCUCGGGGCUGAUGGCGAUGCCCCGCCUACUGAUGGCCAGAUCACUGCCGACUCAGAUUGGCCUGAUUACAAUCCUGCUAGAGAACAAGUGGUAAAUCCAUUACCGCAGCAAGCGAAGCAGGAGACUCAGAAUGCCGAGCGGAUACGACGAGAAGAUAUCUUGUUUUGGCGGACACAAGCCCAUCUGAGCCAUUCCCGAUCUUCUUCGAGCUUGGAUGACCAGUCAUCAAUCCUCGCGUCGCCUCAACUGAGCUCGCCGCCGACGUCGAUAUCAGGAGAUAGGGUGCCUCUCACUCGCAGAUAUACCGACAAGCCGGUGUAUGGCAAUGUGCUCCGAAAUGGAGAGGGAAACGAUCCUGGACGCUUCGGUCAACAGCUUGCAGCCCAAGGCUCUCUACGUCCUAAUCAGGAGCACAUCUCCGUAACUACUCAGUGGCACCAGAAAGACCACAAGGUACCAGCUUGGCAUGAAUUUGAUCCAGAGGAGGACUUGUCGCUCAGAAUGUCUACUAGAGAGCAGCCGAAUCAACACAUGAUGCCUCCUACAAGACUUGAUCACAACUCCGGCGCCUAUAUUCCAGACAUUCACCAAAGACCAUACGUCCCAGAGCCUCCAGAACCAAAGCCGAACGCAGUAUUGUUUCAUUCGCGGCAGUACCAGCAGCCGCAAGAUGCCGAGUCCGAGAACACGUCUAUGCUUCAACGCUUGAGUGAGCGACUUGAUCAUAUGAAACUCAGACAUGCAGAAGAUGCGACCCGACAAGCCGCCGAGGCGGCACGGAAGAGAAGGGACCUGGAGAGAAAAGAGGCAUACGAGCAAGGGGUCGAAGACGCGAUGGGGUGGAAGCAGAAGCGGCCUGGGACGUUUGGUGGAUAUGCAUGA